AGGCGUUUCACGCAAUUUGCUCUGUCUAUUUGCCCAAAGGUGGACGUUUGAAUCGCGACAGAGAAUAGAAGCUAAGCGAAAAUUUUGAGAAUGAAUUAUCUUUUUGCCACCUGUAUUUCGCUCUUUCUUGUAUCAUUUUCAGUUGCCGACCACCCUGGACAUGAUAAUAGUAAGUGGUGUAGAUAGUAUAAUCAUUUAUAUAUAUUUGAUUAAAUACUUGUUGUAGAUAGUAUAGUCAACUCAUUUGUGUCUGAACUCUCUAAACGCUGCUAGAUCGAAAGGGGCAUUUGACUUGAGACAAGCUAGUGAUCACCAGUAGCUUGGACCUGUUUGGUAUUACCAUUCUCAGAUAGUUCCGGACGCAAACCGCGGCAGCGUAUCUUAAAAUAUUCUAUGCUUGUGAAUUUCAAGUAAUUCUAGACGCAAAGCAUGUCUGUCGCGCUUUCUCGUGCUAAAAUGCGCAGGAAACCACCGACACGUCUACGCAAUUUGGCUUAUUUUGUAUAUUUGUAUUCAGAGUAAGCUAACGAGAUAUAUAGAGAUACUUUCGAAACAUAAUCCCUUGAUUUCAUGCUUUUGAACUGCAUAUUUAUUGUAUCGCACUGACUCACGCCGGAAAUACCACGCGAAAAUUUGCACAAAAUCGAUCAAGCCAAUAUUUCAAUUUUUUUUCCAUUUUUUCAAUUACCCACGUCAAGAAAGACAUUUUUGUAUGCACUGCAUCUUGUAAUAUACAUCUAUUGACUGUGCUGCAAAUAUAAAUAUGAGAAAGAACUUAGAAACAACUUGGUGUAUAUGGAAUGCAGUCGUCACCGUUUGAAACUUAAUCCGACUUUGCAACAUUUGAAAGGAUAUACUUGACUAUAGAUAUAACGACUAUGUCAACUAUGGCACAGGAUGUUGUUAUGGAUUUCGAUUUGCUUUAGAAAUCCGACUUCGAUACUUUGAAUGUUUGUUAGUAAGUUCGGAAUGUUCAUUGUAAAAUUCCGAAGUUCGUUCGGACGUUUGCAUGUUCCGAUUCGCUUUGUAAUUGUAAUUGGCUAUGCCUAUAGUUAAUACACCAGCCAAUCAAAUGUGACCGAACGUUUUGGCAGUAUUGUGAACUAUUGUUUCAUGCAGUCAUAUCAAAAACAUAGCCACAGUCGAAAGGGCGUAACUAUUUGCGCAAGUCUAACGCUGCAUGUGGGCUGUACCACUGUUACGUGUGUCAUGGUGUGCAUGCAUUUCUAUACAAAUUGUCUAUUUGUCUUAACAAAAGUGCCUUUAGUGAAUAACUGCCUUACAAUAAAGUUUUAAAAAGAAUACAAGUAGACUAUAAAAGAAAUUGAUGGUUGUUCACGAAUCACAUUUUUUAUUUUUAUUUUACAGAUUUUGCCAUUUAACACAAACUAUUACACAAAAUUAGUUAUACAAUAGAUUACAUGGCUGGAAUUACCACACAGAGAUUAGUUAUACAAUAACGGGAUUCCAAAAUGCAUGGUUGUUCGUCUUAUAAUAGUGAUUUUUCUAUAUUAAUCCUGCAAGAUUAUUAGUCUAUUUGGUCUAUUUGCAUAUAGCUGUCUGCACGCACAUUCAAAUACGAAUUUGCAUGCGUUAAUUGUCGCUUGGUCUAGGCUGUCAGGAAAUUUGAUCAGGCCUGCGUAAUUUGUUGUUCUCAGAACUAUUGCCAGCUAUAGUUGGUAUGGUUGAGUGGUUGUUUGUGUUGUGGUUUAUAUUGAUAUAUAGAUGAUCGGUGGUUAAAAAGUCAAGGACAUGCAUUACAGAACAAUCAAGAAAUAUCGCGGACAUGAGCAUGAUUAGGAGCAUGUUUGUGUGAAUUGUUCAUCUUGUAUGAGAGGAUAAAGAUCUUGUAUUUAUAUAGUAAACUGUAAUUGUGUGCCUUGACGAAUGUCUCGACUCUAGUAUAUUAAGUUGUGCAAGUCACGGGUGAAGUACUCGUAUAACAAUACAUGGCCAAUAUCCUAUUCUUGACUUACAACAAUUCCGUGAUUGAAUCUGGCACCAACAUGGCCACCAUUUUGUUUUGUUUUUUGUUCUCAAGGUAUAGGUUGCAAGUCAAGAAUAAUUCAUUAUAUACAAUUGUACUAGCCAAGGUCUCAGGUCUGACAAAAAUUGAAAUAACAUAGAUAGAUAGAAAAACGUUAUUUAAACACGCUGACCUCGUCAACCGAAGCUGAUUUCCACGAUGGGCGUGCGAAAAAGUAUACAGAAACGAAUUUUAAAAACUAUUUACAAAAUUAUAUACAGUAUAGAUAUAUAGUAUUACAGUAUAUGAGCUAACAAAAUUAACUAAAGUAAUAAUCUAUUUACAGAUACUAAAGUAAUAAUCAAUUAGCUAUCAAUCAGUGUGAGUAGCGAUUUUCUUUCGAAAUGAAGAAAAGGAUUUGCUCUCUCUAAUUUCUUUAGGAAUAGAAUUCCAAAGGUUUGCUCCGUCAUACAUGAAACUUUUUUUCAUAAUAUUAUAUACGAGGUUGUGGUAAACAAAGACUACUUGAAAUGUUCCGAAGUUUGUAGUUUGUCACCUCACCCUUAUAUGUGAAUUCAGUGAAGAGAUUAGUGAGUGAUUUGGGUCCCAUUUAUUCAAUAAUUUGUACAUGAUUCAGGGUUCGAAUUAAUUCUGAAAAAAUGGUUCGUGAAUUAAUUUUUUUAUUUUAAGGAAUUUUCAAGGAAUUUUCUCUAAUUGGAAGUUACAAAGUGGAAGCACUGCAAUUUUCACAUAUAUAAUAUACAUCGCAAACUCGCAAAGAAAUAGAAUUUUGGGUGGAAUUAUAAUCGUUUUUAAGUACAAUCUAACAACAAUAUCUUCAAAAUAUAUGAUCCUUCAUCACAUUUACAAAGAACUAAAUUUACUAUUGUAUAUUUUUAUCAAUUUGAGAGACUUUUGAUUCGUGAUUUUGAUCAAUUUCUAUGAAAUUGGGUUCGUGAAAAAUGAAAAUUGAUUCGUGAUUCACGAAUCACAAACCGUUAUUUCGAACCCUGUGAUUUUUGCUUUACUUUACUUUUUUCCUUCUUGUUUUAAGUGACUUCCCAACCUCGUUCCCACGGCUUUCGUGUGACCCUCGUCCUCACACGAAAGCCCUGGGAACGAGGUUGUUAACUACCCAAUGCUUGCAAUGCAACAGAAUGAUCUAUGUCAUUGCUCACAUUCAUAAUAAUCUGAGCAGCUCUGUUUUGUAGUCUUUGGAGUCUUUUUGGUUGUGUUUCCUUAAACACAUCCCAUGCAUGCACACUUCCAGUAGUAAUCAAAAUAUGGGCGAACAAUAUUUUGCAUUAUAUACAGAAAGAAGUGUUUGCUUAUCGGCAAAUUCUUUUAAACGUCUAAGAGCCGAUAUUCCGGAUGUUAUUUUCUUGCAAAUAUUCUCGGUUUUAGUUCUCCAAGAUAAAUACUGGUCAAUUGUCACUCCAAGAGUUUUGGAAUCAACUUGUUUAAUUGAAUCGUUUUCAAUGUUCACGCUAAGAACUUAUAAUUACAAUCGCAUGCUGCACCAAAUUUGUGAUGCCCAAAUUCGUGCUUGAAUAUUGACUGUUUGAUUCAAUGAUGAUAGUCCAUUAACUAUAAUUAAAUAAAAGUUGCACAGAUAAAAUAUCGUCACAUGAUAUCGUUCUCAGGAUGAAAGAGUAUUCAAAUUUUACUACCGGAUGUAAAUACUUUCAAAUUUGGAUAUAUUGCCAUUAAUAUGCUAAGGACCUUCCAAGGGGGUAAGAAUAUUUCUGAUUUCACGAGGUCAUGAAAUCUGCAGCUACUGUGAGCCCACUGGAGACAUGACAUCUUGGCGAUCCAGCCUAUCGCAUAGUAAUUUAAUAUGCAAGAACCUUUCUUUAAGCCCAGUAAUGGCCAGAAUGAGCUUCGUUUAAGAUGCCCGCCUUGAAACUAAAUCCACAUGCCGUGGCAUAUAAAUAUGAGUCAUCAUGCUUUGAAUAGGGAUGACGGCGCCUAUUUGCCAGAGGAAUAUAUGCAUCUUCUUGGCAGGUGACGUCAUCCCUUGGGUAUUUAAGAAGCCACGAUCGCAGUUUUAGAUCGUGAACCCCUGAUGAAGACACUAGACUGGAGUGUUGAAACGUUGGGUCUUGAUUACAAUUCGACUGGGCUUUGUAAUCAUUUAUUUAAACCAGAGUAGCGCGCGAAACAUGAAAGAUGGCUAAUUAUGAUGGCCCUGAUCAACUAUCCAGUUUUAUUAGUUGUUGCAUGCUAGUGCUUGAAGCGUCUCAGCUAUAGCCGGCGUAUGAAAUGAAUUAAUUAAAAUUAAUGAAAUGGAUAUAAUCAUGUCAUAGAACUUAGUAAAUAAUUGUGUUUGAUGUUUGUGCUGUUUUGUAUUGUAUUGUGUUCUAUUUUGUUUUGUAUAGUUUUGGAAUGGUAAGCACCUUGCAUGGGACUUUAUGCCUCGUGGCUCGUUCGUGCUUGAUAUUGUCCAUUUGGGUAUAUUCUACUUACUUCUAUAUAGAACUGCUGUGUGUUAAAAUUUUGUAGAAUCCUCAAUAAAUUUGUUAAAUAUAUUAGAAACACUCCCAACACUUCCUUGUUGCAGGUAAAACACAAGAAAUGCUAGAGAUUCCAUAAGGGAUCGGUCAUUAUUUAUGGCGGGGGAGGGGGGGGGGGCACCGAAAAGAAAUGUUUUUCUUGGUAAAAAAUUUUGCUGAUCCAACCAUUGAAAAGUAAAAAAAAAAUUUUCCCAACCUUAAAUAUCAAUUAAAAAAUAAAUAUCCACCCCUUGGCCAAAACCUUUACAAAAGGACACAAUAUUCAGUUGUCACACGUGUCCUUUACUAUUUCUGUGACAUGAGUUGGAUAACUGCUUGUGCAAUUUCUGCAGUCUACAUUUUCAUGUUGUCUGCACUUGUACUUUCUUUGCAGACACCAUUUGCCUCCUGAGAAAUCGGGAAAUGAUCAAGAUUGUGGCUCUGAUUGAUUUACAUAUUGUAAUGACAUAUGAUUGUUGACAUUGCUUUUUAGUCUUCAAUAUUUGAGUGAGUCAUGGAAGUGACAAUAAAUUUUUCACAGAUUACCACGUCUAGUCUAGAACAGCUACACUUCAAGCUGGGAUAACGGUUAUUUCAAAUUGGAUCCUAGAACUCUUCUCAACAACAAAUCCUUGUCUUACCCUCGACCCUUAAACCGUGUUAAUUUCAUACGAUGGAUAAUAGACGACAGGUUUUCCUUACAAUCAUUUAGUUCAACGAAUAGUUGUUCACCUCCGCGGUAGCGUUGCCGUGGGAGUCUACGUCAAAUACGGGAAACUUGGUGAUAUCAAUACCAAUUAGUAUAAUUUUUCUGAAAUUUUCAAUAUCGAAAGUAGCGAUAUUUUUCUCCAAUAUUGUUCACUACCACUUUGAGAAAGUUUAGUUUGAGCUUGGCACAAGAUUGCCCUAAGCCAUGAAAAUUUCAGGAUUUAUCAAAAAACAUUAUUUAACGAUUGUUUUAUUUUACAACGUGUUCGAGACACAUUCCUAGGUUAUAUUGUUUUAGUAUUCCAUGCCAAUAUUAAAAUAGGUUUAGUUAUCCAUAUAUGUCUAUAAUAUGGGGAGUUAUUUGGCGUUGUGCUUUAAGGCCAGGAGAGUCAAUAGAACACCGUCCUUAUUACUUAAUUUUUUGUGUAUAUGUGUGUUGUGUGCUCAGGUGAAUAUGAUGUUUGUGGUGUUGCUCUGAGUGGGCAUCCACACCGGGCAAGCUGAACAGUUUGUCUGACCACGGUGGGAAUCGAACCCGCGACCUUUGCGAUACUAAUCCAAUGCUCUACCAACUGAGCUACGAGGUCGGUAAGUCGGCUAAGGGGGUGAUUACAUGGUGCCGAGCUGGCCCGGUUAACCGGGCUGACUCGUUUGUUUAGGACCUUAUACUGUGGUUUUAAAACUCGCGUAAAAUAAAUUUGCGAUAAAUAAUUGGUUUAGCAUAGAUAUAUGCAAAAUCAUCCUAAACCCGAUUUAAAACUCAUUUUGCGGUCCAAGGAAGAUUUUCGUGACAUUUUUCAGCCCGGGCUGGCUCGGUCCAUGUAAUCAGCCCCUAAGUCGGUUCGAGUCUAGUUCCUUCGAUAUCAAUGUAUUCUAAGAUAUGAUACUUUUAUGUGUGUUGGUGUUAUGUUCUCAGGUGGUUUAGCUUUCAUUCCCAGACCUAUAUGAUCCAAUUUGCAUUUUUUCGGACUGUAAUUAAAUUUUUUGGAAUGUAAAUUGCCAUCAACUUCACAUGAAGAUUCAAAAUGAAAGCACAAGGUUAUAAUGCGUUUCACUCGGCGUUUCAUAUUCAAAUCAACGUGUGAUGUGGUAGAAACAAGCUUCAAGUUGAAAUACUAGCUAAAAGAAUGCCAUCUAAUACUUGCUUUCAAGAAAGUUAAAGACAGCUUACACAACAAACAUAAAAGGAAAGCUUCUGUAAAACACAAAGCAUGCGUUUAUCAUGCUCUCUAGUCUCUCUCACACACACGCACGCACGCACGCACGCACGCACGCACGCACACAUGCUGCAGUGCUGUAAAAGCUACGUAUUUUUUAAAAAAGUUUUAAAAGAGUUUUGAAAAGCAAAAAAAGUUUAAAAAGUUAGAUUUUUAAAAAAGUUAAAAAAAUUUAAAAAGUUAGAAAAAUGAGGGUUAGUGGUUAGGGGUUAGGGUUAGGGGUUAGUGGUUGGGGUUAGUGUUAGGUGCCGCGAAUUUAUUAUGAUAAAUUCAAAAUUUGCCGCGAAUUUAUCAUAAUGAUAAAUUCGGACGUGUUUAAGAAUUUACUCAUAUAGUAAAUUCAAAGGUGGAGCUCAUGCUGUACAUUUGCAUCACCUUACACAUACAUACAUCGCCUUUAUUUAAAACACGGUAAACCUUCAGUAAUAUUACAUAAUAAAUAUAGUCAAAAUUUUUCUAAGCUUAAAAAUAUUUGGAUUCACAUAGUAUAUAUAAAAAUAUAACAAAUAAGGGGCUACUGUUCUACCAGGUUGCCGUGUGGGAGUCGGACAAGAGUUAAAUAGCAUUAUUAGUUUUUAAAGAUCUUUUAAAAGAUGAAAGUGAUAAAGAUGAUCUCAGAGAUUCAGGCAAGCUAUUCCAUAAUGAAGCUCCACCUCGAGCUCCACUAUAACUAAAGGAGCGCUAAAGAUAAUCCGUUCUAGGUUUAGGGAGAAACAGUUUGCCUUCAGAAUCUCUGAGACUAUAGUGACUAACUCUAGUUACAAACAAAUCUUGUAGAUACAUAGGUGUUAAAUUGUUCGUGACUUUAUACAUGAGAAUUGCUUUUUGCAUUUUACGGUGGUUAGAGCUUGUGGUUAGAGCUCGACAAUAGGCAAUUCCAGCUUUUAGUUUAUGCGUACAGGGGACGAUGGGAAGUAAGGUAUCACAUUGCUGAUUACAGUGAAACCCCGCAUAAAAGAACCAGUGGGUUAAGAACCACCAACCUGAAAUUUGGGCAAAUAAGCACCCAAGAACCACUUCAGACUGACAGAUGAAACUGGUUCUUAAAAAACCUUAUUAAACUUUUAGCUGAAUUAGUAAGCAGGUACUAGGAAGAAAACAAAAUACUGUAAUCUUGCUAGCAGGAAUUAUAUCUUUCAACCACAUCAUGCAUGUAUUUAUUUUAUCAAAACAGCAAUCAAUUCACAACAUAAUUCAACUAGCCUGCAUGGCAGGCGGUCCCUAAAAUCGGACAAUAAUUCAACUUGCAUAACUAUAUUCAAAACCAGGAACAAUUGUUUUUGACAGGAAAUAAGAGCCAGUUAAGAACCACUUCAGCCUGAUUUCUUUCUAAGUACCCGUUAUAUAAGUACCACCUCAGCCUGAAGUCAAAAUUCACUGGUUCUUUUAUGCGGGGUUUUACUGUAUGCUGAAAAAAUAAAAAUGGUGGCCGUGUAAACACGGAGAGUGAUAGCUUAAACAACCCUCGAAAUUCAACUAUUUUUGCCUCGGCAAAUAAUUGCCGAAGUCUUUUGAUAAUUUUCGAGUUUGCCUCGGCAUGCCUCGGCAAUUUUAUUGCCGAGGCACGCAAUGAAAUCACCUUAAAUUCCUUCGGCAAUUACUUCGGCACCCUUCGGCAUUCACGUCGGCAGUUCCUGACUUCAAAAUGUUUUUAAAAAGUUAGUGGUAAUUAACAACAAAUUGUAUGAAAGAAUAAACUUGACGGUAAUCACGCGACAGUCUAUUAGAUAAAACAAAGUUUCUCGACGUGCCGUCUUUAAACCAUCAAGGUUGUUCUUUAUUUCAGCCGAAGCCGACGAUGAAAAGCUCAAAUUUAAAUAUUUUGUAAAGUAGCUAUGAAUGAAAUUUUCUGUUCACCCGACGUCGAUGACAACAAUUCGAACAAAGAAGUGAUACAAAAAACGAACACUGUAGUUUGUCAAUUUAAGCAAAAAACGAACAGACGCUGUAGUUUGUAAUUUAAGGUACAACGGGUGGAAUUGCCUCGGCAUUUUUUUGCCGAGGCAAACUAUGAAAAAUCGUAACUUGCCUCGGCAUUUGCGUCGGCAAUUGCCGAGUGCCGAGGCGAAUUUCGAGGGUUGAUUGAAGUACUUGUAAAUAUUGAAAUAUUUCGGUUGUUUCGGUAGUGUUUAUUGAAAUUUUUCAGAAUAAUCAGCAUUAUGAUACCUUACUUCCCAUCGUCCCCUGCACGCAUAAACUAAAAGCUGGAAUUGCCUAUUACUGUCUCUCUGUAGCUCAGUUAGUUAGAGCGCUAGCACCAGUAUCGCAGCGCCGCAGGUUCAAUUCCUGCCACAGGGCCGAUAGUUGCAUUUUCGCCACUGCUCCUGGUUAGGUUGUACUAACGAAAACACCGCGGAAAAACGUCUGCGCAUGCACCAAAUUAUGAAAAUAUGGCGGGGAAUUUGAAUAUCAAUUUCUAAAACAAAAACAUGCUUAUUAAUUAGUCAAAAAUUAGUAAAACAAACGAGAAAAUAUAGCAAAUGGGUAGACUAGACAUUAAUUGAAAGCGUCCUGGCAUUUAAAGUAUGGAAUGAAAUAUAAUUCAUGUAAAAAAUUGUUGAUUUUAACGGACACGACUUCGAAAAUUUUUGCAAAAUUAUUCAAAACAAAAAUUCAAACUCAAAAGUUAAGAAAACUCUCGAAAAGUUAAGCUUCUUAACCCACUCAUAUUGUAGAAUAAAUCCUAAAGUUUAAUUAUUGUGAACACGAAAAUUUUUUAUAUUUGGCGACACAGUUUUUUUUAAAGAAAUGUAUCUCAAACGAAAAUUCGGAAAUUGUCGUUGCUUAGUUGAUAAACAAAAUGUUUCACACGAUAAAUUUGUGAACAAUCACCUUUAGUUCAUGUUCUUGUACAAUACAAUUUCUUGAAUCUUCUGGCUGUAUUUAUUCCUAGUUUUUAGAAUGACAUGUUUAUUUUUGCGCUCGAAAUCUGGCUGUAAAGACGCACAAUGAAGUCGCUCCUUUUUACCGCCAUUUUGAGCCUUCGGAAACGUUCGGAACAGCUUCUCAUCAAGUUCGCAAUACUAUUACAGGUAAGGUUGACGCAUGCGCAGACGUUUUUCCGCGGUGUUUACUAACGAAUUAUUACGUUUUCUGACUUUGGAGCGCAUGCGUCCCCCCUUUUUAAGAAAAUGAGUUUACUUAAACUGGUUGAUAUUAUCUACCUCAACACUGCAUUAUUUAUGUAUGACCAUAAAAAUGGAAAUCUUCCUGACAAUUUUAACGAUUUCUUCUCCUCUGUUUGUGCUAGACAUAACUACGAAACACGACUAGCAACUAAAAAUACGUUAUCGAUACCUCAAGUUAGAACCAAUUACGGGAAAUUUAAUAUUGGAUUUAUUGGUCCUAAAACGUGGAAUUUAGUCGACGAACUACUGAAGCAACUUAGUAGAUUGUCUUUUAAAAAUGAACUAAAACGAAAAAUAAUUAAUGAAUAUGAGGAUUAAUGGCAGUUUCGCUAUUAAAAUAUUCUGCCAUUUAAAUCUCUUUUGAGUCUCUGUUUUUGUUCGUAUUGUGUGUGUUUUUAUAUCAGUUUUGUCUGUGUGUUUGAGCUAAUUAAAAUAAAAAUUGUUUUGUAAAAAUUCCCCAAUUGUUCGUAAAUGUAUAAUCUUUGCUUUUAAUGGCCGCUUGUCAACCGCUUGUCUCGAUUAGCCCCAAUGGUUAUUACAGGUGACCAGUACUACACCUAUAUGUUUAUGUACCCUAAUAUAAUUAUUCAUGUAUUUAUAAUCAAAUAGUGCUCAAUUAAAUUUCUUCUUCUAUAAAAAUCCACUAGAAAUUUCCAUCUAGAAAUCUUUUCAACAAAAAUGUUAAUAACCUGUAUUUCUUGUCUACUUCUAGUCAAGUUCUGCAGUAACAAUAUUACGGAAUGCACGUUAGCAGGUAUAAAUGUUACAUGUGUUAAAGCAAGGAAUGAGAAAGAUGGUUGCGCCAAAGACGUUGCUGAUGGAAAGGCUGAUUUAAUGUUGGCUAGUGCUAACGAGAUGGUGAUAUAUGGUUAGUCUCCUUCUUUAAACUAAAAAUGUAUUUUAUGAAAUGUUGGUGCAUGGCGUAGUGAUUGGUGUAUUGUGUAGUUGUCUAUAUUGAGGGAAUGGCAUACCAGAGUACCAUUUCUAAUAAUAAUUUGCAUUUGUGUUGCAUGUAAGAAGGUGAUUCUUAAAAAAAUAGUUAAUUUAUUUAUUAAUUCUUAAUAAAUUUACGUGGUGUUUCCACAAACAAAAAUAUUAUAUGUUUUAUCGCCAUAUAAACAUACAAAGAACUUAUUAAGGUGAUUCUUGUUUGAUUCUAUUUUACCUAAGCUUUUUGAAAACUGUAUCGAGCGAUUCGAGCCACCUUAAAACCUUAAAAAAAACUUUAUGAAAUAUAUCCCUAAAUGUUGUUGUUGUUUUUACAAUCAUCAUUUAAUAAUAAUUUAAAUCAAAACAUUAUGGGAAACGUGCAAGUUUUACUAGAAGAAAAAUUGUCAUUUUUUUGUAUAGCAAAAGAACUGAAGAUAGUCUAUGGCCAGAAGCUGAAAACCCUCGACAAGUUCGUGCAGUACUACGGCCUAGCUAUCGUUAAGAAAGGAACGAAUUUCACUUUGAAUACACUGAAGGGUAAAAACACGUGUCAUACUACGGUGGGAAAAACUGUCGGAUGGAACAUUCCCGUAGGCUAUCUUCUCUUCACGAAGAAAAUGACAUUUACCAAGAACGAAUACAGGUCUGCUUCUGACUACUUUGGCGACAGUUGUGCCCCAGGUACGUUCAAUGACGGAGCUAAACAUUUUUUGAGCGCACAGGACACAAUAGGGCCAAACAGGCAGGGACGUCGCUAUAGGGGUGGUGGUGGGGGGAGGGGUGUAACACCCCCAAUAAUUCAAACGUUGGUCAAAGUUGGUCAAAAUGGAACUGAUAUUUGCUUAAAAUUGAAGGUAAAAAUCCUUCCGGGGAAAAUUUUUACGACUUGGUCAAAAUCCUCGGAAAAGUUGGUCAAAACAUGACGACACCUCCCCCAAUGUUGAUAUGUUGAUGACUUCGCGACGUCCCUGCAAACAGGCCGCGUUUCAAAAAAUCGUAAACGCUGGUUAAACCUGUCAAUUUGUCCGCGCCUAAAAUAAGCCGUGCAGGCUACUACUGCAAGUACAGUAAGCCGCUGCUAAAAUUGGCAGUUUUUGCGUGCUCCUUUUGUUCAAACAACGUAUUUCUAUUGUUCUUAGCGUACAAGGGGGAGGGAGGGUACAAUUUUCGAGAUUUUUUUCCGUACAUACCAGAUGGAAAAACCCUUAAAUAUUGACUUUAGAAAGGGAAUAAAAGUUUUCCUUGAGCAUUUGAUAUACGUCAAGCAGUAAAAUUUACCAAUGUUAUUAAUAGCAAAACUGUAGUGAGCUUGUGUUUCGGGAGGGGGGGGGAUUCGAUAAACUUUUUGCCCUAUACUCUACAGUGUAAAAUGAGGGGGCGGCUUGUUAUAGGUCAGGAAGGCUUUUUUGGUGGGAGGUUUGUAAGACAGAGAGGCCUAAUAGUGGUAGGCCACAUCUUUUACAGGCAUUAAUGAUAAAGAUGUAACUGAUGCAGUGAAGAAAGAUCUGUGCAAACUGUGUAAUGGAACAUGCGCUGUUAACAGCACCGAACCAUACUAUGAUUACCAGGGAGCGUUCAAAUGUAUGGCCGAUGGAAUUAAAGACCGAGUUGGGUUUGUGAAACAGACUACAGCCGAUGAGGUAUUUGCAGCUGCUGGUGGAAACUAUGGCGAUGCAAGCGACUAUCAACUGUUGUGUACAGAUGGAACAAAAGCAGGUUUGUCAUAUAUCAGAGUCAAGCGGACCCGAACUUUCAAAAUAUGUUUGGAAAUUUAAAAAGUAAACGAAAUUUAUAUGUGAUCUAGCCUAAAAACGAACAACCUGUUCCCAGUUAAUUGAUAUCGUCAGGUUUGAACAAGGUUGUGCUGCACCCUCAGAACAAGUUGUCAAAAAAUGUUGUUACUGCAUUGUUCCAUUUUAUACGCAGAAUGAAAACAAACGAGCCUUGAGUUGCAGGGCAUUUUUUAACAUAUUAGAUCCGUAUUUUUUGCCGAUUAUUACUUGUUGAAAACCAAAAACCAUCUUAUUGAUAUAAAACAACAUUUGCUAUGGCAGCAAUGACUUUCAAGAUGGCGGGGAUGUUUUGGCUUUAAAUUAAUUUAACUCGUAAACGACAUCAGUGACCUCCAAAUUUUAUUUCAAAAAUUGGUUUCUCUCAGUAUUUCUCUUACUACAGUGUGCCUAUUUUAUAUAGAUCAGUGGCUUAGCUGAAAAUUUUGCAACGGCUCUCAAUUUCACAAAUCCGUUCAUGUCAUGAAUUUUUUAUAAAUAUAGAUUGUUUGGGGGGGUCUUUUUAGUGGCAUUAAAAAUAGCUUGCACACGAAAUUUAAAAGCUUAAAGCGCAUUUUUGAGUUCAUGGGCGAGAAGUUUGUUAUGUGUUUUAUUAAUGGUCCAAAUAUCAGAAAGUUUUCUCAAUUUUAAUUCCUUUAAAUAGUUGCUGAAACUUUCAUUUUUUGGCACCAAUGCUUUUCACGCAUCCUUAAUGCAUGCAUUUACCUAAUUUGCAUCUCGUUAUUUUACUUUUUUUUACAAAUUUUCUGAUAUUUGGACCAUUAAUAAAACGCAUAACAAACUUCUCGCCCAUGAACUCAAAAUCAACGCGUUUUAAAUUUCGCGCACAAGCUAUUUUCAAUGCUGCUAAAAAACACCCCCUGCUUUUGUUUAUUCUACAUUAUGUACUAUUUAAAAAACGAGCAGGAGUGUUUUAUUAGGUUUAAAGCCACGAGCGCGCAGCGCGAGUGGCUUUAGACCUAAUAAAACACGACCCGCGAGUUUUUUAAAUGACUUCAAAAACGUAUGCAUAAUAAGUCAAAUCUUUAUAUAAAAAUUUUAAAUAUAAAAACCUUUAUAUAAAAAUCUUUAUAUAAAAAUCUUUAUAUAGUUUGCAUAACAAUGGUCUUUUGUCAAAGUGUUCUUUAGCUGGUAUAAAGACGUAUGCACGUGACUAAUUUCUUACUCAAGAUUGGAUAAUUGCUUCAUGAAUUAUUAAUGAGUUUUUGAAAAGUACCUAAACAAUGAAUCUAUAUUUAUAAAAAAAUCCAUGAAGUCAUGAACGUAUUUGUGAAAUUAAGUGCCGUUUCAAAAUUGUCUACUUUUUUCUGAUAUACCCCGUAUAGCGACGAAACAAAAAUCAACAACAUUCAUACAAUUGUAUUUCCUGACAAAAACUCUAUAGUUUCAACGAGUUUAAAAUUAAAAUAACCUAUACUUAACGGUUUCAACAGCAUAUUCUGUUUCCUGUAUGUUUAUGUGUAUUUUUCUUCUCUUUCACAUUUUUUAUUUUAACACAUUUUUUUUUUAUGUACGUAGCCGCUACGCUAAUUUGUCACUUCGGUUGCCCAGCAGGAUACAUUGCAUUUAUUUUAUAGAGCCAAAAUUCUUUGUCCAACCGGGAAGGAUUUUCUGAUCACCAACAUGUGAACCAUGAGAACUUCACUGAUGAAUUGCGAUUUAUGAAAACCAGGCUUUAAAGGUUUACAAACGGAAAAGCAUUUGAGAAAACAUCGUGCAUGCUUCCCUGUUUGCCAAUUAGGACUUGAAAAUUCCACUUUUCUUUUUCUCCAGAUCUUAGUGCCUAUCGCACCUGUAACAUUGAUAAGCGACCUGCGUAUGCUUUGGUUACAAACAAAGACACGCCUGAUGAGAAGGUGACGAAAAUGAAAGACAUCUUGGAUAAAGCUGUUCUCGCCAACUUGAAGAAAGGGAGUAUUGUCAGUAGCAACUGCCAAAAUUUGGAGGCCUACACUGACACUGUCAAGAAGUAUGUGGGAGCUUACGGUGACCAUUACAAUGCUUUGAGAAGUCAUGAAGAUAUAAGUGCCGCAUCGUCCAAUCUCGUCUCUUUUGCUCUGCAAAUUAUCGCCAUUUUUGCAUUCGUAAUUUUGGUUUAGAUGCAGUGGAAGACAUUAGAUUUGAAAACGUUGUUGCUGUUAUAAACUUUUGCUUUUAAUCCUAUUUGUCAAAAAUAUUUUUUUAGUUAUGCUUUGAAUAGCCCAUAUUUCUUACUGUGAAUUAGGAUUUUUUUAAUGUGGUUUUCCAUUAAAGCAAUAUAACUACAUGUAAUCAUAGUCUAUAAACAUUUUUAAUGCCAGCGCUCUUUUCUUGCAUACUGUAAGUACAAGCGUAAACUAUACGGAUUACUAGUUCACACUUGCUCAAUAAAAAUAGACUUUAGAUUUUAAUAUUGU